GGAAUUAAUUUAGGAUUAUAGGGUUUCAAUAUAAAAUACCUUGUUGGCAGGGAAAAAACGUGUUCAUUCUUGUCGGUUGUUAUCUUGUAUAUAUGUUGAUUGAGACAGUGUGUGUGUUGUUGAUUGUAGACCAGGUGAGUAAGAGGGUAAUGAGGAGGUCGAAAUAUUAAAAAAGUGGGGACAUAGUUGAUAAAAAGGACUGGCUAAGACCGCUAUGAAUCAUUGCCAAGAGACACUCUCUUCAAGUCCGAAAGCACUGCACAGCGAUAUACUCAUAUAUGCUGUGCAUGUCUUUAAAUUUCGAUUGUGUAAAUUAAUUGUUCAAUAACCCAAGUGAAAUAAAAAUUACACGUGAUUAAAUAAUUAUUUAUUUAAGUGAAAUAAUUUUAUCCUUAUUUUAAGUGAAUUUCAUUUGUGAAAUUAAUAAUUUGAAAAAAAAUAUUACAAUGACAGUUGAUAGUAAUAAUAUUUCGAAUUCGAAAAAAGAAAUUGUUCGUCCGAAAUUAGAAAUGAUCAACUCUACAAUGUUACACCAAAACAGACAAACUAGAUGGGAUCAUGGACUACGAAUAAAUCAUCUAGAUGAUGUAACAUGUGGUCUAUUGCCAACACUUCAAGUUCUAGCAUCACGUGGUUGUGAAUGUCAAGGAAGUGUUUGUAUUGUACCAAUUGAUUUAUCAACAGAUUCAGCAAGUCAUUUACAAAUAACACUACUUGAAGCAUAUUGUCGUGAAAUACAAAUUGAAGUUGUUAAAAUAUCACUUGAUGAUUUAAAAUUUUCACUUGGUAAUCAUAAUUAUAAUAAACGUGAUCUUUCAUGUGUUCUUGUUCCUCGUGAUAUGAUUUACACAAAUUUUUAUCAAAAUACUUGAUAAAAUUUAUCAAAAAGAAAUUGAAAAAGUCUUAUCAAAUGAUAAUUAUGAUGUUCAAUGUUGAGUGGAUUGUUAUCAAUAGAAAAAUUUCAUGAAUUAUUUAUUUUUUUAUUUUUUAAAUAAUUCAAUUGUUCGAGAUAUAAUUCUCAAAAUAACUUGU